AUGGCCCUGGCGCUGCGGCCGCAGCACGCCGCCGUCGGCGUCGUGGGUGCCGUGCUGUUGCGCCACGCAGGCCUGCUGUACCAGGCCUUCCUGCACCAGGCUGGCUGGGGCGCCGACAGCGGCGUGGAGGCGGCGGUGAGCGCCGCCCGCAAGGCCGCGGAGUCGGCCACCAUCGCCGCGGCGGCGGUUGCCGGGGCGGGCGCGGCCCGCAAGGAGCAGUGCCAGCGGCCGCCCGAGUGGUUGAGCCUGCCGGAGCCUCAGCCCUGCCCCGAGCCGCCGGCCUGCGAGUGCCGGUGCGAAGGAGUCGUGGAGAAGGUGGUCGACGAGCACGCGUGGUCGGAGCUGCCCGCGUGGCAGGUGCUCGGGUCGGCCGUGGGCCACAUCCUGGUGGUGAGUGCUGGCAGCGGCCGCGCCGUCGGGGAGGAGGCGUUCUGGAGUGAGCUCCUCCCUGGCGGCUAUGUGGCCGUCUUCUACAGCGAUGACAACGUGUGGCACGAGAGACUGCUGCUAGGCCAAGUGGAUGCGCAGCACUGGGUGAUCGAGACUCCCGACCACGACAUGUACGUCGAGAACAUUCUCUGCUCCAGCCCUGAGGACGUCCCGUGCCGCGCCGUGGUGCUGGAGGACAGUGGCGCGCUGCUCGUCUUCUUGCGGGGCCGCACCUACCGCUUCAAGGAGUACCUUGGGGAGGAGGACCUGUUGGCUCGUCUGCGCGAGGCGGGGCAGCUGACAGUCGAGAUGGGCUACGACAGGAGCUCGACUCGCUGGGUGUCCAUGGAGACGCUCGGCGCCAUCAAGCGCGGGGACGAGAUCGAGCUGGCGGACAGCGACAAGGUGAUGGGCGAGCGGGCGCUCCACAGGCUCCCCGACGGCCAGGUCAUCACCGCGUGCCCCGCCUCCAGCCUCGCCGCCAUCCAGGAGGUGCGCGGCGCAGGAGAUGGGGCCGACGCCCGCGUGCUCUCGCCGGUCGUCUACGACCCAGGAGGACGCCGCUGGUCGGAAUUCUCGGCGGCGGUCUCUCGCAUGCGGGUGGAGCCAAUGGGCGACUUUCCGCUGGAGGGCGAGGGGUCGGCGCUGUGGCUCUUCCAGUAUGUGCGGGACCACGGCGGGGCCUUCGAUGCGCGGCAGACGAAGUGGGCCAUGGAGCAGCGCAUCGCGCCUGACUCCACGGCUUUCCUGAUGCACGACCUGGUGGGGCUGGCGCUGGACUUGUCGGUGUGCUACGACCAGUGCGACGGCGGCGACCUCGCCAGCGUGGAGGCGCUGGCGCGGCUGUACCAGCUGGUGGAGGAGACCAGCGGAACACUGCAGCUGGAAGGGAUCGAUCACUACUUGGGCCGUGACAGGGCGGGAGGGCUGCGUCGUGGUGUGGCGCUCAACCCAUCGCUGGCACAGUGCGCGACGGAGAAGAAGAGCAAGGAGACGGAGGUGAUGAAGCAGCGGAGGAAGGCUCGCGAGGAGGAGGAGGCCGCCAAGAAGAACAAGGGAGGCAAGUCAAGUGCUGGCAAGGAGGCCACGUGCGACACCAUUCGCGCGAUCAACCUCCUGGCGGGUUUUGAGACGCCCGAGGUGGAGUCCGUCACCGAUUUGAAUGGCCCCUCCGCCUUGAUCUACAGUGAUGUGCGGGCGUUGCGCUCGGCCCGUGCCUCCGUGCCGGGGAAUUCGUUCACUCCGAAGGAAGCCUUUGAUGAGCUUCUCGGGAGCACGCCCUCGACCUACACGGAUGGUGACGAGAGUUCCCCCGUUCGGCCCUACUCGCGCGACCUGGUCAAAGGCAACGCGCCCGUGCCCCUGGCCACCAACGCGCCGCUGGACUCGCUCCAGUACUUGACAGAGGGCCAGCGUGACGCGUGGCUGCGGCAGCCGCGCGAGGUGCAGCAGGUGCGGCAGGACGAGGGUCUGCCGACGCUGUAUGGCGACGCCAAUUUGACGGGGGACCGCAGCGCCUACAUCGGCUUCAUCCAGGACGGCCUCGCCCGCGGGAUCUUCCGCCUGGCGCGCCGUCGGAAGGAGGCCAUCCAGAUAUUCUUCGUCAAGAAGAAGGACGGCGAGAUUCGCAUCGUGGUGGACUGCCGUCGCAGCAACCAGCAUUUCGUGGACGCGCCCAAGGUGCACCUCUUCUCCGGCAGCAGUUUCGCCGAGGUGGAGGUCCCAGAGGGUCGUCAACUUUUCUAUGCAGGGGGAGACGUUCAGAACGCGUUCUACCAGCACCGCAUGCCGGCCUGGCUGCAGCCCUACUUCGGGAUGGACGCUGUGAAGGCGAGCGAGGUCGGCAUCGCACAGCUGGAUGGGCAGUACCUGGCCGGGGACACCAUGCUCUAUCCUCUGAUGAAUGUGGUUCCCAUGGGCUGGAAGUGGGCACUGUGCAUCGUUCAGCGCAUUCAUGAACACGUGCUCGACGGAGUACCCGAGUUGGGGCCGCGACGUCGGGCGAUUGACUUUCGACCACCGCCCCUGCCAGAGGAGGGCGCGCUGCGCGCGGUCUACGUGGGCAACGUGCUGAUCGAGGGCCGCGACAGGGACGAGGUGACGCGGCUGCGCCGAGUGGCGCGUGAGGCGCUGCAGGCGGCGGGCUACGCCACCCAUGACGAGUCGGACGCAGCCGAGAGCAUGGAGAUGCUGGGCGUCGUGCAGCAGGGGCAGCCUUGCCGCGUGGCCAUUGCGGCCAAGCGGUACUGGAGGCUCUGGAAGGCGCUGGAGUGGUGGCGGUUCAAGAACGACGAGGACCCAGCAGGGUUCAACCCGCGCGCCAACGCGUUGAAGGACGUCUCGGUGCUGGGGGUUGGAGUCUGGGAAGGUAAGGAGGUCGAUUUUAGCAACGUCUACGUUAAUAGGGAGUUCCCCGAGGUGCCCGCGAACGUGGUAGAGUCUACGUUGUGGUCGGUCGAGCGAUUCCAGCCCGUCUUCACGUACGAGCCGAUGCAUGUCACCGAGAUGCCGAGCGAGGCGCAGGAGGGCAAGCGGCAGAAGACCGGCCUGAACGUGUCGAGCUUGGUCGGGGCCAACCCCCGAGCUCCGGGUCACCCGAUCCUGGGCCUGCUGGAGCUCAAGGAGGCCGAGCGCGAGAAGGAGCUGAGGUUGCAGCAGAGGCGAGCCGCGAGGCGACUGGCCACCCACGGGGAGCUGCGGGACACGACAGAAGGCCCCGGUAUCACCGAGGAGGCCUCGCUGACGCUGAAGACCCGAGGUCAGUACAAGCGACUGCUCUCGGAUUUCCAGACGAAGCAGAAUGUCGUGGACCUCAGCCUGCACCCGGCGGAGCUGGACGCCCACGUGGUCUGCUACUUCGAUCGGCUUUUUCUCGAGGGCAAGGCGCCGUCGACAGGGGAGAAGCUCAUUGCAGCGAUACAGUACGUGGUGCCGGUGUACAAUGCCAAGGGUAUGAUGACCCUGCCCAGGGCGACGCGGUCGCUGCGGGGCUGGCGCCGCCUGGUGCCCAGGCGGACCCGCCGACCCCUGCCGUGGGAGGUGGUGGCCGCGAUCGCGGUGAACCUGCUGCGCAUGGAGGGGCUGGGCAUGGCGCUGGCCUGGCUGCUGAUGGUGGACACCUACAUGCGGCCGGGAGAGUGCCUGGACCUCAAGACCUCGCAGGUGCUCAGGGCAACGUCGCAGCGGCACAUGGCGUUGGCGGCCAUCCUGCUGCACCCCGCCGAGCACGGCCAGUCCAGCAAGGUGGGGGCGGCGGACGAGAGCCUGAUCGUGAGUCGCCCCUGGCUGUCGGACAUACUGAUGAUGUACGUGGACGCUCGCCCCAGCGGAAGCCCCCUGUGGAACUUCAGCCUGAAGCAGAUGAAUGCGAGCUUCAUCGCCGUGUGUGGCGUGGUAGGCAUCAGCUACCUGAAACCCGUCCUGUACAUGGGGCGGCACUCGGGUGCCAGUCUGGAUCGACUCCACAACCGCCUCGACCUCGCCGAAGUACAACGUCGGGGAAGAUGGAGGAGCAUGGCGUCGGUCAGGAGGUACGAGAAAAGGGCCUUGGUGCAGGGCGUCUACAACAAGCUAGACCAGCGCAGCCGUCGCAUGUGCACCAG